CUUGUUUGUGUUUUGGUUCUAGGGGAAGUUGCGAGAAGAAAGAAAGGAGGAGACGUGACGGGAUUGUUGAAAUUAUUUUUUGGUUCCCCAACACCACCCCACCACAGUGUCCCGGGCUCCGUGUGUAAAUACUACAGCAGUGGUAUUUGAAGUUCAAAACCUCGUCUGGCUCUCAGAUGCAAAAAUGAAGGAAACGAUUGCAUGCAGAAGUCCUGAUAGUGAGGUUUGGCACACAGGGCACCGGGGGAUCUGACUAGGUCAUGGCCAAUCGGGGAGGAGCUACGAGACCCAAUGGACCCAAUGCAGGGAACAAGAUCUGUCAGUUUAAGCUGGUACUGUUGGGGGAGUCAGCGGUUGGGAAGUCCAGCUUAGUGCUCCGCUUCGUCAAGGGUCAGUUCCAUGAAUUCCAGGAGAGCACGAUAGGAGCUGCAUUUCUCACCCAGACAGUGUGUCUAGAUGACACAACAGUAAAGUUUGAAAUCUGGGACACCGCAGGUCAGGAACGUUACCACAGUUUGGCACCCAUGUAUUACAGAGGAGCACAGGCCGCCAUCGUGGUCUAUGACAUCACAAACGAGGAGUCCUUUGCAAGGGCAAAGAACUGGGUGAAGGAGCUGCAAAGACAAGCUAGCCCUAAUAUAGUCAUUGCUUUGUCAGGCAACAAGGCUGACCUAGCCAGCAAGAGAGCUGUCGACUUCCAGGACGCCCAGUCCUACGCAGAUGACAACAGCUUACUUUUUAUGGAGACGUCAGCCAAGACAUCUAUGAAUGUGAAUGAGAUAUUUAUGGCUAUUGCAAAGAGAUUGCCGAAGAGUGAGCCUCAGGCUGCAGGAGCCAAUAGCGGGCGGAACCGGGGAGUGGACCUGACAGAAGCUGCCCAGCCAGCCAAGGCUUCAUGUUGCAGUAACUAACGUGAAGAACGCCUUCCCACCAACCAACCUGUAGAGCAGUAACUAAUGCGGCCGAUGCCCUGAAUGCCACCGCAGUUACUAAUGCAAUAUGUUGUACUCUUAUCUCCAAUUCUCUGAUCUGCAUACAAGAAAAGAUGCCCUGUGCCCCCUCCCCCCUUCUUUUUGCAGUAACAAAGUCAAUGCCAAUACACUGAUCUCCCCACAUGG